CUCUGUUAUGUUGUUGAUGAAUAUCAUUGACAUUGGCAAUCUUUUCGAGGAAGAAGAAGAAAGAGAAGAGCUGCAGUCCUAGAUCUUUGCCACCUCGGGCAUAGCUUUAGAGACCCUUGUUUUUCUCCCUGAGCCGCUCGUGAGUCGUGGACUCGAGCGUGGAUGUACGGUCAAAAUGAUGCUCCACUGGAUGCUGCUUGGGCUGGUGCUGGUAGUGCGACUGCAUCGUUGCUCAGGUCAGCUCCCACAAGUGACGAUGGGCAACAGUUCGGACGGUAUUAGCCAGUAUCGCGCUGCGUACUCCUUGGGCGAGCCCCUCAGCACCGUCCCGGUAUGUUAUGGAAAAGGCUUGGCGGAGGCAGUCGUAAUCAGUCUAGUCGGCAUAGAUGAUGAAACUCUUGUAUUAUCAUCGGCAGUGGCGGUUCAUGGACAAGCACAGACUUCGGCAACACCGCUAUCAGAUUCUGAUUCAUAUGCCGAGGAGAAAUACACUUCUACGUACGUUUGUCAAAGUACCAGCGGCGAAUUGUCGCAGAAAACGUUCCGUCUAGAUGUAUACGCUCCACUUCAGUGGAUCACUGAUGCAUUACCGCCAUACCGACGUUACUUGUCUCAGACUAGCACAGAAAACAACACGGUCACAUGCUGUGCCCAGGGGCAUGUGUCACUCAAUGUGACCGCCGUGCUCAGCCCUGCCGCUUCGAUUGCUUCCCUAAACGUCUCGUACAGUAGAAAGAGCCUCGAGCUGUUCCUGGACACGGUGUGCGCAACACUGGUCUUCUGGGGGCCGAUAGUCGAUCGCGGCCACGGGCAGACGAUAGAUGUGACGUGCCAUGCGACCUAUGGGUUGGUCAUGUGUACCAGUGAGCUGUACAACUGCACCCAAAACACUGGCCCACCGCCGGACGAGAUCGUACGAACAUUUGUCUACGGCCCCGGACAAGCAAACCAGACAGCCAUCUAUGCGGCCGGUCUCAAUUCAUCGCUGGCUACAAGUCUGCCAAUGUGCACACACCCGUUGGACUUUCUCGUCAAUUUAAACACGUCUGUUGCCUACACGCCCUCAAUCGGAGCCACGCAACUAGCUACCUUGCCAUCCAGACAACUAGCUGUCAGUGAUUCAGGCGUUUACACGUGUUUCAAUGACAGCAGCAGCAGCGACUCACCAUCACAGAUGCCAUACUUCUUCACGCUCACAGUUGCUGGUCCGAUCCAGUGGACCCAUGCACUGCCGAACCGUUCAGCGUUCACACCGUACAAGAACAGCUCGUAUUCACUCCAGUGCUGUGCAAGCGGAAAUCUACCGGUGUUCAUUCAAUACACCACUUCCGCAUCUCAUGGGGCGUACAACUCGUCCAUACACAUGGCACAGUCCGGAGCAGGUGGACUUUUCGGCGCUUGCUUCACAUUCGAUUUCAACGGCAGUACAAUCAAUGGCAGUGACCCGUCGUUUCCAUCCAAAAUAGUACUCCAAUGCUUUGCAAGCUACAAACCAGCAGUAAACACUGACACGUGCUCCACAGCUAGCACUGUCCUUGAUGCAUGCGUGUUCACCAGGGUCUCCUUCAGUGUGCACGGUCGGUCGUGUCCAAGUCUGUCCCAGUCACUUACAUACCCGAACGGCUAUCAUGAUGACAGUGGUGCCGUUAUAGCUGUGGAAUGCCCCUCGGGAUACGAGAAUUCCAGUCAGGUGUUCAACAUCACCUGUCUUCUAUCCAGCCAGUGGUCAACCUUGCCUCAAUGCAAUCCAGUCACAGCAACAUCACACUCCAGCAUAGCCAUUACCCCAGGCACCCUGUCGUCACCGUCGUCCAUGGCAACAUCACCGACAUCAGCUGACACGCCCGCCAUAGCUCCAAUCAUCAACGCGGCGACAGACCCAGCCACUGAUGCCCCGACGACGUUUCCCACAGCACCGGCACCGACGGCUGUGACAUAUGAAGCUGUAAUGGGUGACACCUCAACUGUCGAGCCCUUCACGUACCCUAGAAACAUGCCAAAUCCGCUGUCACCCAGUGUGGGCACAACAGCUGCAUCCACCACCACCCCCCAGACUGACACUGGUGAAGGCAGCAUACUGGCCACUUCUCUCACGUACCCGUCAACCGCACCACCCCCAGUGGUGCAGUCUGCUGGCCACACCGGACGUUCGUCACCGCAGACUGGCAUGUAUGCGGGCCUGGCAGUCGGGAGUAUUGCAUUCGUCUGUUUCCUGGCCUGGGCCGUGGUGUACUAUCGGCACAGAACAGACCUGAACAAUAGUCACCCGUGGGGAAGAACCAUUGAGAUGAUAUUGCCUCAUAACAUACCAUACCGGCGCAGCGAGGAGAGCAAUACUGACUUUCUCGUGAACAACAUGGGCGAGGAGAGCGCAUGGCCGGCGCACUCCUAUCUCCGCAAUCAGUUCAGCGACGUUGAGGUUGUCGUGACUACGAACGCGGCCAGAAGAACGCUGUCGAAGGUGGGCACGCCACGCGGUGCAUUGACACCGGUGGCGGCAGGCCAGCUGGAGUUUGAGAGUCCCACGGGCGAUUACGCGUACGGUGAAGUCAGCCUGGACAACAGCAUCUCGGGGGCAUGCACGGCCGACUGCAGUCCCGGCACGCUCUCCACAGUUGCGCUGGCAGACGAGGAAGAAUACGGCAGAGCCCACCACUCCGAUACGAUAUACAGCACGUUCUCUCGGCCGGGCAAUGGGUACUUAAUCCCAAGACUGGGCAAAGGCACCAGCCGCAAAGCCCUCCUCGACUACGACACUCUGAAAAAUGGGUCCUUGUACUCCAGAACACAGCCAGACAUGGCGGCGAGAAGUGCUGCCUCGCCGGUUGAAAUUCAGGCGGCAGCGUUGGCCAAGGAAGCCGCCUGGUCUUCGGACAACUACAUAUAUUCAACUCUUUCAGUCGCUGACGGGGAGAGGAAUGUGUCGGAGAAACCCGUAGCAGAUAUCAGCAUACAACAUGGACAGUACUCCAACAUACAACUUGAAGACGACCCCAGUGCACAGCAUGAGGACUACUCCAGCAUGUGCCGAGGACCAGGACAAGCGAGACGAGAAAGCAUGAGAAGCGUGUAUGACGUGACCGACAUGGGAAUGACAGACAACCCAAUGUACAGCCUGGACGUUGACAAAGACGGCGGCCUUGGUAAGAACAGGUACUCUAUCGUACGCAGGAAAGCGCAGCAGCAAUGAAUGCUCAGCAGGUAAUAAACACGUGCCGAUGGCAGGAACAACCAUUACAGGGCAGAAAAGCUUCUGCUGCUGCAAAAGAAUCGGUCCCGAAAAGACCCGAUGGAACGAAGCGAAUGCAAAAGAAGAAGAAGCAGUGCUCAAAAGACGUAUGCACACAAUUUCAUUGCUAAUGGCCCAUGAAAUAUGCGAAGGCAGAUUUCUCAAUUGCUUUGGACGCUAAUACCAAACUUAGCAUGCUGUGUCUCCACACAAUUUUUAUUCGAAUGAUUUCUGAAAACCUCACGCUCACGUGUAGCAAUAUCUAUGAUAUAUUGAUUUUUUUAAUGGCUCGCCUAACACAGACCCAUGUGCAUAACAGAUAACACAUCCUAAUAAUUGUAUUAAUACCAGUCUCAUACAACGGUGGACGGGUGUCAUACAUGACUUCUGAACAGCAGUGGUGUUGCGUGUGUAUAAAUGGCUGAUCUACGAUAAUGUAUGGCUAACAGCAUAACGCAACUUUUAGGCACGUCUGUCGAUUUUAAUAAUACUGAAGGGCAGUGAAUGCCUAGCGGCAUGAAACUCGGAGACAGUCAGCGUUACAACCAGCCUGAAUGUCCUCCGCUGAGUCUGCUAUAAUACUGAAGUACAUACAUUUUGAGUAUACACAGCCAUUUAGUUCACCACUAGUAAACUGUAUAACUUUCUUACCCAUGCACUAGGAUGAUGAGUCUCCAACCUCUUAACCUGACUACAUUUCAACUUUCCAACCAUUGCGUUACUGCUGUUACGGAUGAUCACAACGCUUAUGCCAUUCCAACGAGAAAGUAAUCUCCAUUCAGAUUCUGAAACCUGUAAAGACCAACAUUGACUUGACUAAACCCAGCAAGUCAUAACCAAUUUGAUGACGUCGA